UUACUGGUGGUACCGCCGGUACCAGGACCUUAACCCCGUCAUCACUGCCGGGGAAGACCUGGGGUCAAAUUUGGGUCAAAUCAUUUUGCAUCGGUCCCAACCGGGCCGGUCCAAUGGGCCGAACUCAGCUGUUGGUUGGUCCAUUGAAGAGGAGAGUCGUCUUCCAGAUCUCAGAGGUUUGAAAUAGGACAUCUGACUGAGCGACCUCAGAAGAUGUCGGCCAUUUUGACAGACAGAGUUAUAACAUCCCAUAAUAAUUUAUUCUGACCUGUAAGUUUUUAAAUCACAAUAAUGAUGAAACAUUCAGUAGCUUUUUAUUUUCAUUUGGUUUAAAUAAUAUUCAACAAGCUGAACGGAGGAUCCACAAGGUUUCAUCAGCUCCACACUUUUAACUUCCUGCUUAACAGUUUGAUGUUUAUGUGGAGGAUGAAUCUGCUGACUGGGGCAACAAGCACCGGAUAAAGUUUUUAAAUCAGGGAGCAUUUCUCUGGCUGAAGGUCAGGGGUCAGCAGGACUGAACGAGGGGAUCAGCGGCGGGUUGCCAGUUUGAUUCCCGCUCUGCCUGUCUUUGGGCAGCCCGGUCCCCCGUCUUAAUACCUAAGACUGAACAGGAAGUGAUGCAUGAGGCGCUUUACCUGAUCCUCACUGUGAGUGGCUGCUUCUUGAUGAAAUGAACUGAAUGCUAGAAAAGUUCCUGGAAGUGCACAGUUGUUCCCCUGUUUACCUGUUCUCCUGUUUACCUGUGCCUCCUGUUUACCUGUUCCCCUGUUUACCUGUUCUCCUGUUUACCUGUGCCUCCUGUUUACCUGUUCCCCUGUUUACCUGUGCCUCCUGUUUACCUGUUCUCCUGUUUACCUGUGUCUCAGUGAUGGAGGCUCCGCCCAUCAAGGCGCUGGACGUCCUGAUCUACUGCCUGGCGUCGGCCGCCAUGCUGUCCGUGGUUCUGCUCCUCGCCGUCUGGACGUACCGACGCCGGAAGCCUCCGUAUGGAAACGUGGAGGAUUCCGGUCCUGUUCUCGCCUCCCCCCUGCUGGGGCUGAAGCCGCUGCAGCUGCUGGAGCUGAAAGCUAGGGGGCGCUUUGGCUGCGUGUGGAAGGGCCAGAUCCUGAAUGAAUACGUGGCUGUGAAGAUCUUCGCCAGCCAGAACCAGGAGUCGUGGCAGAGCGAGAGAGACGUGUUCCUGACGCCGGGGAUGAGGAACCACAACAUCCUGAGGUUCAUCGCGGCCGAGAGACGAGGGAGCGAACUGUGGCUCAUCAGCGAGUUCCACGAGAGGGGCUCCCUGUCGGACUUCCUGAAGGCAAACGCGGUCAGCUGGACCGAGCUGUGCCACAUCGCCGAGUCCAUGGCCCGCGGCCUGGCCUACCUCCAUGAGGACAUCCCCCACCUGAGAGGAGACCGCCACAAACCGGCCGUGGCUCACAGGGACUUUAAGAGCAAGAACGUCCUCCUGCGCUCAGACCUCACCGCCGUCAUCGCCGACUUUGGCCUGGCCGUCCUCUUCAGGCCGGGGCAGCCGCCUGGAGAGACGCACGGACAGGUGGGCACCAGGCGCUACAUGGCUCCGGAGGUCCUGGAGGGAGCCAUCAACUUCCAGAGAGACGCCUUCCUCCGGAUCGACAUGUACGCCGUGGGGCUGGUGCUGUGGGAGGCGGUGAGCCGCUGCAGCGCCGCCGACGGUCCGCUGGGUCAGUACCUGCUGCCGUUUGAGGAGGAAGUGGGUCAGCACCCGACCCUGGAGGACCUGCAGGACGUCGUGGUCCACAAGAAGACGAGGCCGGCCAUCAAGGAGUUCUGGCUCAAGCACAGCGGUCUGGCCCAGGUCUGUGCGACGGCAGAGGAAUGCUGGGAUCAGGACGCCGAGGCUCGUCUGUCUGCCGGCUGCGUUGAGGAGAGAAUCUCCCAGAUCCGCUGCCACGCCGCCGGCCUGGCUCCCCCCACCUCUGGCACCGUCCCCGCCGUUACCGUGGUAACCAACCAUGCUGCCUGAACAGUCUGGUACCUGAGGAGAACCUGCGGUCCCUCAGCUCUGCUGCCCCCUGCUGGACGCCGGAAACGCAGAGACCUUCCCACCAGAUGGAGGCGCUGUCGCUCGCUGCCACAUGACCUCUUCCUGACCUUCGGAUCUGACUAGUUGAAUCCUGAAAAUUCAGAAACAGGAAGUGAGGUCAGGAGAAAAGCAAAGAUUGUGAUUGGCUGACUGAGCUCAGCCAAUCAGAGCGCAGAGAUAAAACUCCUCAGGUAACCUGGACGACAGGUUACCUGGAAGGGGCGGGGCUUAAGUCAGCCAUGGCAGGUGAAAAGCUUAAGUGGGCGGGGCUUAGAAACACGUGUGUGUGUGUGUGUGUGUGAGGACAUUUUAGCUUCUCCACACAAGAUAAAAACAUAAUUUUAGGGUCAGGGGUUACGGUUAGGUAUGUACUGCAGAUGGUUAGGGAUAGUGCAAAGGUCAGGGGUCAGCCUAUAGAAACUAAUGAGGUAUAGUGGUACAGCAAUGUGUAACAUCACAUUUUAUUCUGAACAUGCUGAUUGGCUCAUUUAUAAUCUUUACCUUAGUGAUAUGCCUGUGACCUUUGACCUCCAGCAGCGCCACCCUGUGGUUGGUGGUUCCAGCAGAAAUCAGCAGCAGUUUGAGGUAAUUACCGAACCGACGCUCCAACAUGAAGGAGUUAUCCCGGUUCCUUUGACUAGGACAGAGGCUGCUGCUGUUUCAGGCUGCUAAUCAGAGGCUGCAGCGCCACCUGCUGGUCUCCCUGUUUAACUGGGACCAAACCUGACCUGUGUCCCUUCUGGGACGCCGUCCAGGAAGCUCCAGGCUCCAGAUUCCUUCCAGCUGCUGGACGCCAUGUUUGGACCUUCCUGGUUCUUGCGGAGCUUGAAGCAAACGCAGCAGCCGGUUCAGGAGAUCCUGGUUCUGUUCAGUUUCUGUGGAUUCCUUCAGGUCCGGGAUGGUUCUGCUCACAGAACCAGCAGCUGGUAGAAACAAGGAAAACAUCCGUUCACAUUACUCUGGUUUUGUAUGGAAAUAAUAAAUCAUGUCUCAUCAUU